CCUGUAAGUCCAAUAAGUUCAUAAACCAGUCUCCUUGAUUUCUUUUUCCUUUGCUCAAGGACUAUACAGAGUCCUCCCAUUUGCAGUGUCUUGAUUCUGCCACUAAGACACACCUUCAGACAGUCACUAGCGAAUGGCUGUCUCUCACAUUGGGUGUCUCUACCACUUACCCAUCUUCCCGUGGCAGUCCACCCCCACCCACCCCUCCUCCAUUACCCAGCAAUCUACACUACGCUGGCUCCCAGUCCCCCGCUCCACUUGUGCGAAGGCUUUCCUCAAAAUGCUCCCCUUUUCCUAGCCAAGGACCAAUUACUUCAGAGUUCUCAAACAUUUUGCUUUAUUCUCAUGAACAUCUCUACAGAGAUGAUCUGACAGCAAUAGAUGUACCAGAAACAUUUGGUUUACCAGUGAAACAGAUUACAGGCCAUAAUCAAGCUCUGUUAGGAAUGGAAAGAAAGGGGCAUGACAGUAAAAAUUUCUUAGAAGACAUGUAUUUAAAGGAGCAAAGCAUGAAACAAAACUAUGACCCAUCCCGGCUAAUAAACAAACCUGACCCACAUGGCGAACUUAUUUCAAUGUUUCUGAAAAAUCAACUUUAUAAUGAACUUGAAUUCCGAUUGGCCAGUCGAUCAAAAAACAUGGCUAAACGAGAAGUAUUACCUGAUAAGCCACUGUCCAUCAGUGCAAGCCACAAAUCAGAAAAUAUACUGGAUAAACAUCAUGAUAUCUAUGAGAAAAAGGCUGAGGAGCUGCUGUCAGUUAUUUUGAAUGAGAAAACAGAGAUUUACAGUCCAGUAGAGGCUAUAAAAUGGGAGGAACUUCCUGAGUUGUACAUAAAGGAAGAGGAUGAUGAAACAAACAACAGAUCAGGCUUGGAAACUGUUUCAAAAAAAGAGGCUGACUCCUCCUCCAUCACUCCAUCUCUGCCAUUCUCCACCUCCCCCAUGCCUAAUUCCUCCUUUACUCUCUCUUCCACUAGUUUUUCUCCACCACACAUUAAAUCAUCUGCCUCUGCUGUUCACUAUUCUCCACCGUCUUCUUCCAAAGCUUCUCCAUGUCCUCCUCCUUCUUCUAUUCCUCUUGCUUCAUCUCUUCCUUUGGUGCCUUAUUCCUCCUCUGUCCUCCAAACCUCAGUUGCUUCUUCUCCUUCAGACUCUCCUCUCCCUCCAUUAUCUCUCUCCACUCCUCCUCCAUCUCCUCCAAACUCCCCAAUCCCUCUUCCUCCUCCUCCUUCAUCGACUCUCAAUAUUCCUACUUCUUUGCCUAUUUCUUUCCCUUCUAACUAUCAGUCAUCUCCUUCUCCACCUCCCUCAUUUCCGCAACCCCUUCCUCCAUCCACUCACCUUUCCUCUCUUACUUCCACUCCUAUUUUCUCAAAUAUCCCUUCCUCCCACUCUUCUUCUCCCCAUCUCUCCCAAAUCCCUCCAUCUCCUCCUUCAUCUCCUAUUCCUUCUUUGCAUCCUCCUCUUUAUUCCUCCUGCCAGCCCCUUCUACCAACUAUUCCAGCCUCUCCACCCUCCACUCCCUCUCCUCCUCCAUCUUCUUCAGACCACAUCCCAUCUCCUCCCAGGUCUCCUUCACUCCUCACCUCUCCUCCUCCAUCCUCUGUGCCUGUAGUCUCCACUCAGCCCUCUUUUCCUCCUCUCUCCCCACGUUCACAUCUUCGUUCUCCUAAGAUUAAGGUAAAAAGAAUGAACAAAACAAUGUAUUCAGGGUUGCUGUGUGAUGCAUGUGAUACAACCUGUAAUGUUUUCAACAUUAAACAAAGAUUAAAAGUAUCAUAUGAUCAUAUGUGGUUAUGCAUCUUGAACCCUCAGGGGAAAAAAGGCUUGUGUUGCAGAAGUAUUAAUUUGACACAAUGACAAGGGUUUUAAGUAAGUUCUUAAAGGGCUAGUUGACCCCAAAAUGAAAAUGUUGUUAUUAUAUAUGCAUCUUCAUAUUGUUCCAAACACCAAUAGAAAUAUCAAGCUGCCAUGCUGUUCCUGAUGAGCAGAGCCAAGCUGUGACAUAUGAACCACUUUUAUGGUGCCUUUUUGGUGUUUUCUGUUGCCAUGCAAAAUAUUAUCAAUACAAUAUUGAUUAUUAAUUGAUUUAUUGAUUUACCUUUAUUGACUGAAAUUGGAUAUUAAAUUAUGCAUGCUGAAUUUAGGGCUGCCCCCUAAUAGUCGACUAAAGGUGGGCAUACACGGUGUGAUUUUUGCUGUCGUACGAGUUCGCAUGCAAUUUUUUUC